AUGUACGCUAAUUCCUCAUCGGCGCCAUCUCGGGAUGGUCCCAACGAAUUUGCAGUGGACGAACCCUGCGAAGGAGGGAGAGCCUUUACGUCGCUGUCGCAGCUUUGGGACAUGUCACGGAGAUCGGGCGGGCAAGCGGUCGUGGUCGUCCUCUCUUUCCUCACCUCUUGGUGCCCCGCGCUGGGGCGUGCGAAACGCAGCAGCGGCGAGGGAUGCGUGACACGCUCCUUGCGCCCAGUUUCCGAGGCGAGUGAGGAGCAUGCGAUGGCCGCCGACGCGUCCGUCCUUCAGCGCACUUCGCGGCUCACGUUUUCGGGGCUUUCGAGCCUCUGUGAAACUCGAUUCAGACUACUCUCGUGCUGUGUUGGUCGACGAAUUUUUGGUUCAUUUUGUUCUUCGCGAACACACGAUGCUCUGGCUGCGACUUGCCGUAGGGAGGUCGGUAACCUGGUAUUAAUGUGA